AUGCAUAUCACAUCAAUUCCCAUGUGGACGGGGAAGGGCAACAACUAUGCCUACCUUGUGACGGAUGAGCCGACUAAGCAAUCAGUUAUCAUUGAUCCUGCCAAUCCUGAGGAGGUUACGCCGGAGUUGAAGGCUCAGAUUAGUGCUGGCAAGAUUGAUCUGAAAGCCAUUGUCAACACUCACCAUCACUGGGACCAUGCUGGCGGCAAUGAAGACAUUUUGAAACAAUUCAAAGGUCUGCAGGUCAUUGGUGGCAAGGAUUGCGCAUCGGUCACCAAGACCCCGGCCCAUGGCGAAGAAUUCAAGAUCGGAGAUCGUAUCUCCGUGAAGGCACUGCACACUCCUUGUCAUACGCAAGACAGCAUCUGCUACUACAUGCAGGAUGGAGACCAGCGCGUCGUCUUCACCGGCGAUACUCUGUUCAUUGGUGGAUGUGGCCGUUUCUUCGAGGGAAAUGCGGAGGAGAUGCACAAGGCUCUGAACCAUACCCUUGCUGCUCUCCCUGAUGAUACCAAGGUUUAUCCCGGCCAUGAGUACACCAAGGCCAAUGUCAAGUUCUGCAUGGCAGUAUCCCAAACCGAGCCCAUCAAGAAGCUCCAGGCGUUUGCGGAACAGAACACGCAGACCCAAGGAAAAUUCACCAUUGGCGAUGAGAAGCUUCACAAUGUCUUCAUGCGUGUCAAUGACCCCGAGAUCCAAAAGGUAACUGGCAAGACCAAUCCUGUCGAUGUUAUGGCAGCAUUGAGAGAAAUGAAGAAUUCCAUGUAG